GGGGGCCUAUGUGAAAAUAAAGUGUGAAAUUGUUUUCGGUAAUAUCAUCUUCAGUUUGGUGUACAGUUGAUUGAAAGUUUUCUCGGUAAUACCCAGUGAAAAUCGCUCAAUGCGAAGUCGCGCCGCGUACAUCGAGUAUAUAUGUAUACUAUUUCUUUCCAGCCAAAGGAAGAUUAAAUCGUGCGCGAUCUACUUUAUGACAUCCAAUAUCUGUGUAUAUUACGAGUCGACGAAUGGUUUUCCUCGAGUCUCCUCGUUUGUCGAAAUAUACCACACGCAGAAAGACCAGGUUCAGAAGAAAGCCAAGCUAAAAGAUAUUUUCUCUUCGGAUUUUGUCGUCCGAGGAUGCCGGCCAGGAAAGACCGUCUUAAUGUCAGAGGGCGAGGUGCGCGGCCUUUGCCUCAAGUCACGGGAGAUUUUCCUUCAGCAGCCGAUCCUGCUUGAACUGGAGGCGCCGCUUAAGAUUUGCGGCGAUAUUCACGGCCAGUACACCGACUUGUUACGGCUAUUCGAAUAUGGCGGUUUCCCGCCGGAGGCGAAUUACUUGUUCCUCGGCGACUACGUAGACAGGGGCAAACAAUCGUUGGAAACGAUAUGCUUGCUGCUCGCCUACAAGAUCAAGUAUCCGGAGAAUUUUUUCUUAUUGAGGGGCAACCACGAGUGCGCCAGCAUAAACAGGAUAUACGGGUUCUACGACGAAUGUAAGAGAAGGUACAACAUCAAACUAUGGAAAACGUUCACCGAUUGCUUCAAUUGUCUACCGAUCGCUGCGAUCAUCGACGAGAAAAUAUUCUGCUGUCAUGGCGGCCUCAGUCCAGAUCUUCAGCAGAAUAUGGAACAAAUCAAAAGAAUAAUGCGUCCGACAGAUGUACCUGAUACUGGCCUUCUCUGUGACUUGUUAUGGUCCGAUCCAGAUAAAGAAGUCCAGGGAUGGGGUGAAAACGAUAGAGGUGUAUCUUUCACAUUCGGACCAGACGUGGUGUCGAAGUUUUUAAAUCGUCAUGAUAUGGACUUAAUAUGUAGAGCACAUCAAGUAGUCGAAGACGGUUACGAGUUUUUCGCGAAACGACAAUUGGUCACCCUGUUCUCAGCGCCAAAUUACUGCGGGGAGUUCGACAAUGCCGGAGGAAUGAUGAGUGUCGACGAAACUUUAAUGUGCAGUUUUCAGAUUCUGAAACCGUCGGAGAAGAAGGCUAAAUACCAGUACUUAAGUUUGAAUACGGGUCAAGCCACAAGACCAUCUACACCACAAAGGAAUCCAGCCAAAAAGAAAUGACAGCCUUGUACUCGGUUUUUCCUUCAUUUAAGGAAGCUCGUCGAUAAGGCGACAAAAUUUUUAUUAAGGCGCGAACAUCAAGAGCAUAACAUUGUAUGAUAUGUUCUAUCACUAACUAGCGGUUAUGCCAAACAGAUGAAUAGUAAAAAAGAAAAAAAAAAACAGGAAAGAACGGGUGAGACACGUAGUGGUAUUUGUGAUCGUUAAAGACUUUAAUAACAAAAGGCAGUUUUAAUUUCUUUUCUUCGAGUAUGAUUUAAAUAUAGCAUUUUAAGUAAUUAUUAUUAUGUUGACUGAUUAGUGAUUAAAAGGUAAUCGUAUAUCGAUAGAACUCGCCCGAGUGUGCUUGUUACGAAAAGUUUAAAAAGAAACAAAAACCAAAAAACAAAAAAAAAAGAAGGACGGUAAUUCCGACUUCGCUAAUGCUUUUUCGUGAGUAUUACUUUUCAUAUUUUAACAUGAAGACGUCAAGGGAAAGGAGUAAAAUUUACUUCUUUCCUGACUUACAUCCGAAUAAGAUAAUUAAUAUGAUAAUUAAAAAUUAAUACUUUCUUUUUUCAUUGGAUUUGGAUCAAGGAUCACUUCUGUGUUCUCUGGACAAAUAUGUAGCUAUAUCUUCCAGAUCCGAGUGAUUCUUUUAUUGCCAUUAACGUUUCAGAGAAAUUUCCAUAUUCUCAUUUUGACUAUUUAUUGCUUCCAUGUUCAAUGUUCAGUGUAAUUAUUAAAUAUUGCUGAUUAUUCUACUUACUCUUAUUGCCAUCGCUUUGCAGCUGAUUUGAUUAGAAUUGUUUAAUGAAACGCGCUGUAUCAUGUACAUAGAUAUUCUUUCAUUUCGCUCUACAUUUAUUUUUCCGUUUCUUAUAUUUUUCUUCAUUCGCGUUAAGUCGUAUUUCUAUGUACACGUACGAUUAAAUACAUAUUUUAGUUUUCAGUAUUCCAAACUAUCGACGACAUGUUUCAAGGUACGUUGUAGAAAUGUUAGAUUGUUUAUUCUCUACGAACGAAAAAUCAGAGAAAAAACAGAGAACCAGUAUUUUUAAGAUGAUGAUUUUAUGCAGAUUAUUAUUAUCUCCUUUAUUCGAAGGACAUAUGCUCGAACGAAACAAAUGGGUAUUAAAGAAAAUUAAAAAGAUAUUAAUUCAGAUGCAAAAUAUAAUUAUUAACGAGAUGUUGUAUUAGCAUUUUGCGUGUAAGAAGAAGAAUCUCAGUCGUUGAGAGAUUUUUAAUCUUGCGAUGAAAUAGAUCGAUACAUACGUAUUACGUAUAUUAAAACUGAUUUACAGGCUAUCAAAUCGUCGAAAUGUAAUUAUUAUUGGUUGAUAAAAAAAAGUCCUUGGAUGAUUGCCAUUUAUAAGAACGUACUAUUUCACUUUCAGAUGUUUUCGUCGCUUUAUUGUUUCGAAUGUAACUCGAUUACGUAAUUAAUUGGUAUGAGGCAGUAGGCAGCAUUUAGUACUGUACUACCUAAUACGUGCUUUGGUAAAAUAGUAACAUACACCGUAUUUAAUUUUUGUUCGUAUUUCAUGAAACAUUUAUUCUCUUCGAAUUGUUUUAAGAAGAAUCCGUUUCUUGCAUUAAGUACGAGUUAAUGUUUCUGUUAUGUUGUGCAAUAUAAAACGUAGUUCGCAUAAAUGAAAAGUCUAGAAAGUAUCAGAAACGAUUUGAAUACCAACGUCUAUAGGAGAUAAGUGUCUAAGAAUAUUUACGAAGAGUACAUUAAAAUGGAAACAAUACACUGUUUGAAAAAAAAAAACUAAAAGAAAAAUAAAAAAAUAUAUAUAUAUACAUAUAUAUAUAACAGUAAAAUGAAAUGUAAGUACAUUAGACCGCACCGUAUCAUCAGAAUAACUUACAUAGUUCCAGAAAUGAACAAUCGUAAAACGAUCAAACGUAUUAUCUGAAAGUGAAAUAAAUCGGCUUCGAUGCAUUACGUUUAGAUAAUUAAAUAAAGAAAAAGGACUAGCCAAUUUGUUUAUACAAGUACCAAGUAAUUUAUGUUUGUUAAAAUUGUUAUUUAUGCAGCGAGGAUGAGUUAUUGUGAAUUUUUUUCUAUAAUCAUGAGAAUUUUAAUCGAUUUAUUAUAUAGACGAAUCGUUAUGAAUUGUUAAAUAGAAGAAAAAAAUGGGCAUAUUUGACGAAGUUGGCGACGGUACAUCGUUCUGAAUUUACUCCUACUAUUUAGAUAAUUCUUACAGAGGUCAUGCGAUUUAAAGCAAGCCGACUUAAAAACGGCCAUUUUUCUUCCCUCGUCACAUUCUCCUCCAUUGACCCUUUCUUCCUCUAUUUCUCCCUCCAAAUAUAAGUUUAAUUGUAAAAGAAGCGGUUGUGAUCCCUCGAUAUGCGUUCUGUCCGAGACCCAUAAAUUAUAUACACAGAUAUUAUAUUUGUAAAGAGCCGAUCGGUCGGGAUUCGACGAUGCUCUAUAAAAUACGAGAAUAAAGUGUAAUUAUUAAAUACAAGUUGCGUGAACGUACAUACAUCGGCUACUGUCUAUUGUUACACCGAUCGAAUCCCGGCAGAACAGGCCAAUGCAAUGGACAUCCUAAAGAUGUAAAACUUUCAGAUAAUAAACAUGCAUAUUGUUGUACAAA